AUGCGAACCCGGCUGGCUUCGCUGAUUGUCGUGAAACAGGAGCCACUGUCGGCUACGUCACCACCGCCUCCCGGUGUCUCCACACCCACUUCCUGCUCCUUGUCCAGCUCAUCCAGCUCGUCCGGUUCGUCCUCGUCUUCGUCCUCGUCGCCCCCGUCCAGCCUCUUUCGCUCAUCGCUCGUCGUUGCGGAUGGUGACGGGCUGCAGUGCUAUGGCAGCUUUGGUCCCAUUUCCGGCACGAUCGGUGUGAGUAGUGGCCGUACUAGUGAGCCUACCGGGCCUCAGUUCUACUGCGAGCGCAAUGGCCACGGUUCUGCCCCGAAUGGUUUCGGGGGCGAUUUAAACAACAAUGAUCAGCCCGGCAAGGAGUUUGAGUUUUUUGACGCGAAAAAGUGUGCUCCCCAUUUGCUAUCGCGAGUGGCAACCUCACCGGUCCCAUCGGCGGUCGCAUCCGUAGAUCCAUCGUCAGUGUCGCAGUCUGCGAGUCUGACGAUCGACAGGAGUUCCCUGACGUCCGGUCGCAGUGGUCCCGGUUCCGGUUCCGGUGCCAGUGGCCAUUCGAACGACAACCUGCGCAAACCGGCAAUUGCCGAUAGUAGCAGCAGCAGCAGCAGCAGCGGCCCCAGCUCAGCGCCCAGCAUGUUACUGCUGCAGCCUCAGGCGUCAUCCUUUAGUUCCGUUUCUUCAUUUGAUUACCUGCUGUCACAAUCGCAGAGCCAUCAACAUCCGGAGCAGUCCUUCCAUUCGCAUCUGCCGCAUCAACAGCAGCAGCAGCAACACCACCAGCAGCAGGAGCAACCGCACGCUCAACAUCACCCACCGCUAGGACAUUCCCAGCCGCAUCCGCACGAUCCACAUCAUCCCCCAGCUCACCCACUCGAUAAGUUUGUGGAGCUGUUCAGUGCCACCCAACCACCUACACCAGCGGAAGCGAUCGCCACCGAGCCGUACCUGGCAGAUCAAACGCAACAUUCCAACAGCUCCAGCGAUACGCUUGUCGGGCUCGAGGACAACCCAUCCGCAUUCGGUGGUUCGAGUGACAGCAUCCCAUCGGCGUUGUUGAAAGCGAGCUACAAAGAGGAACUCCCAAGCCCGUUCAGUGCGGGUCCUUCCACACGAGCUCCAACCACCGAACCACCCGACACGGAUCUUCUGUUCGAGACGUCCUCCACCGAAGAGCUCGGGCUGCUAACGCUUCGUUCCAGCUCCGAUCCGGUGUUGGCCAGCAGCGCGAGACUUCCGCAAGCGUUGGUGCCGCAACCCGCGGGUCGGCCCACGCCACCUACCGGUCCAUCGGCGGCCAGUUCGCUGCUGCCCAGCUUCCAGGACACGUACCCCAUCAAGUACAACCAGCUGGCUAGCUACGGGCUCAAGAUGGACGACGAUUGCUUCAAGAUGGCGGGUUCACCGCAUCAUCAUCAGGCCGUAACUGCGGCUUACGCACACCACGGUGCCGUGUACGGGCAUGGACACGGACACCAUCAUCCGCAUCAUCACCAUCACCACCAUGCCGGAGGGCCAGUGGGUGUAGGUGGUGGUGUGGGAGUGCUUGGACCGGCUUUAGGACACCAAGCGCACUACGAGUUCGGUGGAGGACCUACCGGUGGUGGACCGACGGGAACGGGUGCAGGUGGCAUUACGCAGUACAACAACCCCACAGGACCUGGUGCCGGUGGUGGAGGUGGUGGUGGUGGUGGUGGAGGAGGUGGUGCUGGUUCGGGUGGAAGCUUUUACUCACCCUCGUACGAACAACACCCCGCGAACUACGGUGGACAAGUUGGUACGCAGGAUACGUACUCAUUGCCGCCAUUCCCGACGGUAGCUGAACUGCACGUUACUACGACGUGCCAUCGACGAUCGUCGUUGCCGAUCCAACGCUCAGAAUCGACGUCCAGCAGUGAAAGUCCCAAACCACCACGGAUCGCGAUCUACAACAAGUACGCCGGGUUGCCGAGUGCUUCAAGCUCAGCCAGCAGUUCGCCCGGUUACAUGAACAACAACAACCCGAACACGGUCAACAACAACGAGGUUGCGGCCGCAGCAGCAGCAGCAGCAGCAGCCAACGCAGGUGUUGUCGCAACUCCGGGAGCAAACUUGGCCAGGGCAUCACCAGCACAAAGCUCCCAGAGCCCGUCGCAGUUGUGUGCCGUGUGUGGCGACACAGCCGCCUGUCAGCAUUAUGGUGUGCGUACGUGCGAAGGAUGCAAGGGUUUCUUCAAACGCACCGUCCAGAAGGGCUCGAAGUACGUGUGCCUCGCGGAUAAAGCCUGCCCGGUGGAUAAACGCCGACGAAACCGGUGCCAGUUCUGUCGCUUUCAGAAGUGUCUCGCCGUCGGUAUGGUGAAGGAGGUCGUCCGCACGGACUCGCUUAAGGGUCGACGUGGUCGGUUGCCCUCAAAACCCAAGUCUCCGCAGGAGUCACCACCGAGUCCGCCUGUGUCGAUGAUCACGGCGCUGGUGCGAGCGCACGUGGACACUACACCGGAUCUGGCGAGUCUCGAUUAUGGGCAGUACCGCGAACCGGGUCAAACCGAACCGAUCAUCACCGAGGCGGAGAAGGUGCAGCAGUUCUACAACCUGCUCACAACCUCGGUCGACGUGAUCAAGCACUUCGCGGACAAGCUGCCGGGGUACAGCGAGCUCAGUGCCGACGAUCAGGAGCUGCUGUUUCAGUCGGCUUCGCUGGAGUUGUUCGUGUUGCGGUUGUCUUAUCGCGCCCGGAGUGAUGAUACCAAGAUGACGUUCUGCAAUGGCGUCGUGCUGCAUCGCCACCAGUGUCAGCGAUCGUUUGGGGAUUGGCUGAAUGCGAUCCUCGAGUUCAGCAAGAGCCUGCACGCGAUGCAGAUCGACAUUUCGGCCUUUGCCUGCUUGUGUGCGCUCACGCUUGUCACCGAACGGCACGGUUUGCGGGAACCGAAGAAGGUCGAACAGCUGCAGAUGAAGAUCAUCAGCAGCCUGCGGGAUCACGUCACGUACAACUCGGAGGCGCAACGCAAACCGCACUACUUUAGCCGGCUGCUCGGCAAACUGCCCGAGCUGCGAUCGCUCAGCGUCCAGGGGCUGCAGCGGAUAUUCUAUCUCAAGCUGGAGGAUCUCGUGCCCGCACCGCCACUCAUCGAGAACAUGUUUCUCGCCAGCCUGCCCUUCUAA